GGGGUAAAAGCUUGAAUGGAUUCAGUGCUGGACGCUGUCAAGGAUCACAAUAACUCAUCUACAUUUCCAUCUUUAAACGUCAGUUUUUAAAGUUGGAAAAAUUCGUUUAUUGGGCUUAACCUGGUGGCACAAGGUUUUGUGUGAAGAAAAGAAAAUUGUGCAUUUAGAAGCAGUUUAAGGAGUUAAAAUGGAUGAGGAAUACGACGCAAUUGUUCUAGGAACGGGGCUGAAGGAAUGCAUCCUCAGUGGAAUGCUUUCUGUGUCCGGGAAAAAAGUCCUCCACAUUGACAGAAAUAAAUACUAUGGUGGCGAAAGUGCCUCCAUUACGCCGCUGGAGGAGCUUUUCCAGCGUUUCAAUGUUGACGCCCCUGGCGAUAAGUAUGGUCGCGGGCGCGAUUGGAAUGUGGACCUCAUCCCUAAGUUCCUUAUGGCCAAUGGAUUGCUCGUGAAACUCCUAAUCCACACGGGCGUUACCCGUUACUUGGAAUUCAAGUCCGUAGAGGGCAGCUACGUGUACAAGGGAGGAAAGAUCAGCAAAGUGCCCGUGGAUCAGAAGGAGGCCCUCGCAUCGGAUCUCAUGGGAAUGUUCGAGAAAAGACGAUUCCGUAAUUUCCUGGUUUACAUUCAGGACUUCCGAGAGGAUGAUCCAAAAACAUGGAAGGAUAUUGAUCCCAAUACAAUGUCAGCACAGGUGCUUUAUGAGAAAUUUGGCUUGGACAAAAAUACUCAGGACUUUACUGGGCAUGCAUUAGCGCUGUAUAGGGAUGAUAAUUACCUCGGAGAACCAGCGCUCAAUACUAUUCGACGUAUCAAGCUCUAUUCGGAUUCAUUGGCACGUUAUGGCAAAUCGCCGUAUUUGUAUCCAAUGUAUGGGCUCGGUGAACUCCCACAGGGAUUUGCGAGAUUGUCUGCCAUCUACGGCGGUACAUACAUGUUGGAUAAGCCCAUUGACGAGAUUGUACUCGAUGAGGGUGGAAAAGUUGUUGGGGUGCGCUCUGGCAGCGAAGUGGCCCGCUGCAAACAGGUUUAUUGUGAUCCUAGCUACUUUCCACAGAAGACUCACAAGAAAGGCCAAGUUAUUCGUUGCAUUUGUCUGCUGGAUCAUCCAAUUGCAAAUACGAAGGACGCCCUUUCGACCCAAAUAAUCAUUCCACAGAAGCAGGUGGGGCGCAAUUCUGACAUUUACGUGUCACUUAUUAGUUACACGCACCAAGUUGCUGCAAAGGGUUGGUUUAUUGUAAUGGUAUCCACUACGGUGGAGACUGAUAAUCCCGAAGCUGAAAUUAAGCCGGGCUUAGAUCUCCUUGGUCCCAUAACGCAGAAAUUUGUGUCAAUUUCCGACUACUUGGUGGCAACGGACAAAGGUCUCGAGUCCCAAAUUUUCAUAUCAGAGUCAUAUGAUGCGACAACUCACUUUGAGACCACUUGCUUAGAUGUUUUGGACAUCUUUAAGCGUGGUACAGGUGAGGAAUUUGAUUUCUCAAAAAUUAAACACGAAUUGGGAGAUGAGGAGCAGUAAAGUGCUGCCCCGUCUCCGCUCGCUGCUAGAACAGUGUUAGAGGAAGGAAAAAAAAUUAAACUUAUAUACGAUGUUUAUUUUCUUUUUUUUAUAUUCCCUAAAUGAAAAAAAAUACAUUUAAAAUGCAUUAGAAUGAAGAAAACAUAAUGAAAGAAAAAUCGCUAAUUAAUGAAAAAAUAAACAAACAAAACAUGAUAAAAUCAUAACUGCACACAUUUUGAAAAAUUUUUAGAAAACAUAAAAUUUAAAGAAAAAUUAAACAGUAGCUGUGCCUUCUUUCUCUGAAAGAAUGACAGUUAAUGGUAUUUAGAAGAAUUCGAGAAUAAAAAUUUAUAUAAAAAAAGACGAAAUUUUUUUGCUAAAACAGUCAUUCAUAUGUGCGCAAUCUUUCACCAGUUUACAUCGAAAUGUUUUUAAACUGAAAAAAAAAAAAAACAGCUCUUAACACAUUUUGUGUGAUGGAAAAAGCAACAACCCUAUAGAGAACUUAUCCAUAUGAUUAAUUUUAAAACAAUACGUAUACACUGUGAGCAUAUUAGCAUACGAUUUAGCAGCGCAAAUCACAUAGUAAUAUCACAAAAAAAUGCUAUAAAAGAAAGAACAAAAUAUAAUUGCAAAAGAAAAAAAAUUAAAAGAACGUAUGUAUGUAGGUAUUUUAUCCAAUAUUUUUUCCCCUUUAUAAUUACAUAUUAUAAUUUUCAUAUCGAAUAAAAUUGAAAAUAUCUUUUAAAGAAUUCCAAUUCAAAAAAAAAUAAAUAAAUUAGAGAAUCAUUAAGAAUCUGCUUCUUCUUCUCUAUCAUUUACUAAUGUGAUUUUAUAUUAUUAUUUUUUUUCUAUCACAACAUGGGCAAAAGGUUUGCAUAAGUAAAACAAAAAAGAGUAAUUAAAAAAAAAUCCCACUUGCUGUUACAUGAGAAAAAAAUUAUAAAAUAAUAAAAAUGUUAUUCAAGUAAUCGGGCGAGAUAUAUUGCAGUGAAUUUUCAAGAAAUAAAAAUAAAGAAAAAAAUACAAAAAUAUAUCUAUGUAAUAAUAAAAAAUGGAUGAAAAAUUGCUUUAGAGUUGUAAGAUUUUGAUGUAAUUGCAUGCUAAGAAAAACUAUUGAUAUGAAUAUUAUUGAUAAAAUAAAGAAUAUGAAAAGGAA